AAGAGGGGCAAGCCCCGAGCACAGUAAUCUUUUUUAUUCUCACUCACACCCCCUCGGUCCCGGCCGGAUCCAGGGCGUUGGGGCGGCAUGGUGGGCGGCCCCGCGGGGCGCCGGGGGGCGUAGCCCCCACCUCGCUCCGCCCCUGGCGCGCGCGCUCCCGUCGUCCGCCCGACUCCCCUAGUCCGAGCGGCGCAGUAACACGGCGAGAGGGGGCGGGGUCUGGGUGCCUCCUCUGUCCUCGGCCCGAGACCGGAGGGAUGUUCCCUGCUCAGGAGGAGGCCGACAGGACGGUGUUUGUGGGGAAUUUAGAGGCCCGAGUACGGGAAGAGAUUCUUUACGAGCUGUUCCUUCAGGCUGGGCCAUUAACCAAAGUGACUAUAUGCAAAGACAGAGAAGGAAAGCCGAAGUCUUUUGGAUUUGUCUGCUUUAAACACCCUGAAUCAGUGUCUUAUGCCAUAGCUUUGCUGAAUGGAAUUCGUUUAUAUGGAAGACCAAUUAAUGUACAGUAUCGAUUUGGGAGCUCUCGCUCUUCUGAACCAGCCAACCAAAGUUUCGAGAGCUGUGUUAAGAUAAAUUCACACAGCUACAGAAAUGAAGAAGUUGUGGGCAGAUCUUCCUUUCCCAUGCAGUUUUUUCCAAUUAACAGUGCAACUUUACCUCAAGAAUAUUUUUUCUUUCAGAAAAUGUGGCACGCGUAUAACCCAGCACUGCAGCUUCCGUACUACGAGAUGACGGCACCGCUUCCCAGUAGCACGGCCAUGUCUUCUCCCCUAAACUGUGUUCCAGAUCUACAGGCUGGACCCAGCUCUUACGAAUGGACUCACCAACAGCCCAGUGAGCCUGACCUUCAUCAGACCAAUAAACGAAAGAGACAAAAACAAACCAGUGACAGUGACAGUAGCACAGAAAAUAAUAGAGGAAAUGAAUAUAGCCAAAAGUUCCGAAAGUGUAAGAAAAAGAAAAGAUAUUAGGGAUUAUGUUCAAAUGAAAUUUGUCUAUACUGCUCUUCAUUUUCUUUAAAAAAAAACAAAAACAAAAACGCAAACAACCUGUAUUCUCCUAAAUGACCAGUUUCGUGGCUUUCUUGUGCUGUUUGAAAUAUAUAAUAAUAUGACAUCUGAUUUCCUGUUAAUUGACAAAAAUUUUUGUCUUGAAUGACAAAAACUUAAAAAUAAUAUAAUGUAGUACUUUUUGUAUUUGUAAUAGUAUUUUUGACACAUUGUCAACAAGAAAUACGCUUUGAGUUAUUAUAUUUUAGUACUGAUGAUGGCAUUGCACUAACUUCUCAAUCAGAAGUCACUUCCUGAGCACUUGUGGAUAAGGCACCCUGCUCUCCGAGACUGUUGCCUAUAUGGAGCGGUGGAUUUUCUGAAUGAAAACUAGUGUAAAUAUUUAGGAGUUGCAUGUUGUUCCUAAAAAAGCAGGCUUUAGUUUCCUUUGUGAACAACAUUUUAUCUUUUAUGUCUAAAUAUGGUAUUUCUGAGCCUUACUCUCCUGCAGCUUUAUUUCAUAAAAUGAGGAUACCAAAGGAAAGCUUAUCAUGGGACUAGUUUUUAGAUCCUUCCCUUUUUAUGUGACUGUAUAGAAAUAGGAAUGCCUGCCUCUUUACUUCUCGCUUAAUUGUAGUUCAUGAAAAUUAGCUAUGACAGUAUUACCCAACCUCUUUUGUCAGCUGGGUUUGAUAUAGUAUAUUUGACAUACUUAAAUCUUGAUAAUGAACAAUAAAUAGAAUGAUACUUCAUUAAUGUAUGAUAUUUAAUAUUUAUUAUCAAAUCAUA